AUGUGUCACAUUUUCUCAGCAUCACAUCGGCGAUGCGCUGCAAUUAUCACGGGUCACAAUGAUGGCUAUGAGAAGGCUAGCGUUCACCGUUUUCCUUCUCUCAUAGAUUCCCUUAUACACGUUGCGUUGCGCCCUCAUUUUCUUGUUUCCAGAUACUUCACACUGUUCAUGAAUCUUUUGAAUGACGUGGCAGAUGAUCGUGAAAAGCGCCCCGAGGUAAGAGAUAACAACGUGGCAUUGCGUAGCGCAACAGUUCAGGCCAUGUCCAACCUACUGAAUGCCAACGUGGAAUCGGGGUUGGUGCAUGCUAUAGGUCUCGGCUAUCAUCGCGAUCCGCAGAGUAGAUAG